UUGAAUUAUUCCGACCUGCAAGCAGCCCCUUACAAAAAAAAAAAACCUAAAAAAAGUGGAAACUUUUUUUCCCUGUCCAUUCCACCAAGUCCUGAAAAAUCGGAAUGGAAUUAGAGAAAAACUACCCGACUUCCAGGACCAGUAGAACAGGACAUGGAGGAGUGAAUCAAUUAGGGGGGGUUUUUGUAAAUGGCCGUCCCCUCCCUGAUGUAGUCCGCCAAAGGAUUGUGGAACUUGCCCAUCAAGGUGUGAGACCCUGUGACAUCUCCAGGCAGCUUCGAGUCAGCCAUGGUUGUGUCAGCAAAAUUCUCGGCAGGUAUUAUGAGACUGGAAGUAUCAAGCCUGGGGUGAUCGGAGGGUCAAAACCAAAGGUCGCCACUCCCAAAGUUGUAGAAAAGAUUGCAGAAUAUAAACGCCAAAACCCUACCAUGUUUGCCUGGGAAAUCAGAGAUAGACUCUUAGCAGAGCGAGUGUGUGACAAUGACACUGUGCCCAGUGUCAGCUCCAUUAACAGGAUCAUCCGGACAAAGGUACAACAGCCACCCAACCAGCAGGUCCCAGCUUCCAGUCACAGCAUAGUCUCCACAGGUUCUGUGACCCAAGUGUCUUCAGCAAGUACCGAUUCUGCUGGCUCCUCCUACUCUAUUAGCGGAAUUCUGGGAAUUACAUCUCCUAGCGCUGAAACCAACAAACGAAAAAGAGAGGAAGGUAUUCAGGAGUCUCCAGUACCAAAUGGCCAUUCCCUCCCAGGCAGAGAUUUCCUUCGGAAACAGAUGCGGGGAGACCUUUUCACUCAGCAGCAGUUAGAAGUAUUGGAUCGAGUCUUUGAGAGACAACAUUAUUCUGACAUAUUUACAACCACUGAGCCCAUCAAACCAGAGCAGUGGUGCUCCAUGCUGAUGAGACAAUACUUGGUGCAACCCCAGGCAUUCAUUUUUCAGACCACAGAAUACUCGGCCAUGGCAUCACUAGCUGGUGGAUUAGAUGACAUGAAGGCCAAUUUAACAAGCCCUACAUCCGCGGAUAUAGGGGCCAAUGUCCCAGGGCCACAGUCAUACCCCAUUGUGACAGGUCGUGAUUUGGCAAGCACAACCCUCCCAGGAUACCCUCCACACGUCCCCCCUGCUGGACAGGGCAGCUACUCUGCUCCAACUCUGACAGGGAUGGUGCCUGGGAGCGAAUUUUCUGGAAGUCCUUAUAGCCACCCACAGUAUUCAACAUACAAUGAUUCCUGGAGAUUUCCCAACCCUGGGCUGCUAGGUAGUAGAACUAUCAUUAUCCUCAUUUUACAGAUGAGAAGAUUAAAGCUCAGAAAGGUUGUGAAUUGUCCAGAAUCUCAUAGCUAUGAAAAGCCAGAAGUAGGAUUCAAAUACAGAUCUCCAGGUUCCAAAGCUUAG